UCAUAUAGUGGAAACUUUGAAACAGAAAUGGCAGCAGGAGGAGUGAUUUUGGCUUUCUUGUUGCUCCUGAGUGCCAGCGUACCAUGUUUAUCUGUGUAUAACAGUGGCGAGUGCUUCUUCAACACUAAAGGGAACUGUGAACACCUGGGACAGGUGUACGGGAUCGGAGAGAGCUGGAUAACCAGUGACUGUUUGCAGUGUGUCUGCAUGGAGCCUUUUGGAGUCGGCUGCUGCGACCAUGGGUCUAAACCUGUGGACUAUCCAGAUUGGUGCGAGAUCAUCCGUAAGCCUGACUCCUGUACGAGUGUUGCAGUAAUGAGAGUGAAUCACAAACUCCCGUGCCUCUGGGGACGAGGCCGCCUCAGAACAGCUGCAGGACAGCCGUGGAAAUCUGACAAUGAUCCUUUAUUUUGAGUUCUUUUAUUAUUUAAAAGAGAGAGAAAAAGAAGCAAUAUCACAGUGUGAAAUGUUGAUUUUGGAUUCAAUAAAUAAAGUUUCGUCAUGAAGUUUUUGUGAGAGACUUAACUGUGCUGAAUUUUAAUACAAAAUCUGCAAAUAACUGCCAUUAUGUGAUUAUGUAUAAUUUUACAUUUUAAAAUUGUGUUGUAGAUGCCAGUUGUUGGUGACUCUGUCUGAAUGUCUGGAUUUGUUUCUGUUCCAUGUUUUAAGAUAAAAUAAAGAUGU